GCAAAGCACAGAACGAGUCCAACACAACCGAAAUGACUAGAUGGACCGUAGCAAGCCUCUCUCACGCUGUCACUGGACCUGCGGCCCGAUAGGUGUGCACGAGACUCAUUGCUGGGCUGCAUAAGGGGUUUACAGCAGGCACCACAGAAGAUCCCGCUUGUCGCAGCAAAGGUCGACAGCACUUUUUACUGACUGUGACUCCAAAAAGCUCAUUGCAAUUUUUUUCUCCAUGGCGAGCAGUUGGGUUUCUCUACUGGGAACCAUUUGCAGCACCGAGACUUUGCUCUUGCUAUUUUCAAUAUUGUUGCUCCGGGGGCCUCUUUGCGGCGAGAGCGGCCCCAUCUCCAACACCGACCAGAGGCUUCGACCCACUCCGGGACUGGGAAGGGCAGCGGACCCGUCCCAGUUGGAGCAGGAUAACAAUCUGAUCGUGCAGGGUGUGCUUGAGAACCUGAAAGAACAGUUCCUGCAGACAUUCAACCUGUCUGGCUUGGGUCCACCUUCACUGCCACCUGGAAGUGUACGAGAGGAGCCACCGGAGUACAUGAUGGAGCUCUACAACCGCUUUGCCAAUGACCGCACGUCUGUGCCCAGCGCCAGCAUCAUCCGCAGCUUCAAGAAUGAGGAUUCCUCUUCAAGCACUGUAGGUGGUGGGGGAGUGAGGCGCCACCCACUCCUCUUCAACGUGUCAGUCCCCCAUCAUGAACGCAUCACUGCGGCCGAGCUCCGCCUCUACACGCUCGUCCAGACCGACCGCCACCUGUUCGCCGGUGUCGACCGCAAAGUCACUAUCUAUGAACUGAUACGUCAUGACCGAGAUGUCAACAGCACAGAUGAGAAUUUAGAGAAAGGAGACAACUUCAGUGGUGGAAAGGAGCAUAUGGAGCUGGUGGAGUUGGCUUCGAGACAAGUGUAUGGCACUGACAAUGGCUGGGAAGCAUUCAACCUCACUGCUACUGCCCAGAGGUGGCGUAAAUCUGAGCACGGCACCACACAUCGCUUGGAGGUGCACGUUGACAGCAUGGCUGGUGAGGAUGACACUCAACGUGUAGCAGACCGAAACAAAAAUUGGAUUAUUGAAGGAGACAUGAAGAUUGACACGAACAUCAAGGAAAAACACAAACCCCUGCUGAUUGUUUUCUCUGAUGAUGAAAGCGGCGACCAUCGAGAUGACAAGCAUGAGCUGAAUGAGAUGAUUGACCACGAAACCUCCAACGUAAUCCUGCAAAAUGACUUGUGGGGUGAGCGAGAGCGGGAUGAGUCUGAGCCAGAUGAAGCUGACCUGAUACAAAUGCGCUCCAAUCUGAUCUACGACACAACUUCACGCAUCCGUCGGAACGCCAAGGGAAACCACUGCAGGAGACAACCUCUGCACGUAGAGUUCAAAGAUAUCGGAUGGGACAGUUGGAUCCUGGCACCCAGCAGUUACGAUGCCUUUGAGUGCUCAGGGAUUUGUUCGUUCCCCUUAACGAAGCACGUCACGCCCACGAAACACGCCAUCGUCCAAACGCUGGUGAACAUCAACAGUCCUCAGAAAACAGCGCGAGCGUGUUGCGUGCCCACCAAGCUGGAUCCCAUCUCACUCCUGUACCUGGAUGACACAGGCGUGGUCACGUAUAAGCACAAGUACGAAGGCAUGGCUGUGGCUGAAUGUGGCUGUAGAUAGCUGAAUUUUAAAGUGGGGCUGGGGGGGGCAUAAAAUGACCGAAAAGCUGAACGAAGCUGAGACAACAAUAAUUGGACUCUUUGAAAGAGAUGGGACCCAAUGGGACUGAAAGUGCAUCUAACCACUAUUUAUAAAGUCCUGUGUGGCUGGACUUUGUCCAUCGAGACAGAAAAGACGAUAUCUUCUUACAGGCCUCAAGUCGUGAAUGGUCGCUGCCAGACAGCGGAGAUCAGGUCGUGCUGCAAGAGUGACGUUCAUUUGUGUCUUUUUGCCAGCGUGACUAAAAGUUACAAGAAGUUCUUAAAGGAUCUAACUAAGCACAUUCUGCAGUGUAUGCAGUGUUUGUGGGAACCAGUGGGCCAGAGGUCCCCCCCCCCUCCUGCUCCAUCCCCCUGACAUGUGUUUUCCUCUCCACUUAUCUCCGGCCUGCCCACUUGAUGCAAACACUAAUCAGCACUUCAUGCACCCCGCCACAGCGAAAUGACCACCUCGAGGCAAUCUGACAAGACUUGAACUCUCCAGGCUUGCCUCCUGCAGGCUCCUGAUACGUAGGCACCACGCAGGGGUCCCACUGGCGGGGUUAUCUAUACCAACCCAGUUUCCCACUUCACAUGACACUUUUCCACUGCGCACACACACACAAAAAAAAAGCUGCAGUGAUAGCAAGGUGUUUGAGGCUGAGAAACAUGUAUUCCACGAAUCAAACAUGGACGUCAUUCCAGACGAUUAUUUGAGGUGGCGGUAUGAGGGUUGACCACAUUCCUGCACAACUCACAAUGUUGACUGUCUCAACGAGCUGACCUGGCACCUCCUGUUCCUCAUUUGGGUCAUCCAUCAUUUUUUAUAGUAAAAUUGCCUUUAUUUUUUUUUGGGGGGGGGGAUGUUUAUCAUACGUGGACCAAAGUCGGGGCCAAAAAAAGAAGUUCUCCGGAUAAAGCCCAAGAGAAAAAAAGUGUUUUCUGUUUCAAUAAUGCUUUUGAUAACUUUGCUGCUUGUAAUAAAUACACUACUAUUUA